AUGACCCUCACACCGCACGAGGUCGCAGUCUCGCAGCUGGCCACAGACCAGACCGUCUCUCUCGACCGCAUAAAGUCCCUUCGCUUCAUCAAAAACAACAUCAUCGGCAACAAGACCAAAAAGGACCUCUACAUCCAGCUCGGCAUCGUCUCUAGGCUACAGGACAUCAUAUCGACCAAGGACGACAAGGAUUCUCAGCUCAAGAUCCAGGCAGUUAUUGUCCUUGGGAGUUUUGCAUUUGGAAACGAAAGCAACAUCCUCGCCCUCACCAACUCUGGUGUAGUCGAACCCCUUCUCAAUUGCCUCAACCCCAGUGCUGAUCCAAAGCUAAUCGAGGCAGCUGCCAGGACCCUCAAUGCUAUAUAUGCCUCGCCCAAAGUCUCUCGACAACAGCUCUUCAUGGCCAACUACCUGCACAUACUAGUUCAACUUCUCGACACAUUCAGCAGCAAGCACCGGCCGGGGCAGGAUAUUGUUCAGGUCCACACUGCAGAGCUAGUCGCAUCGAUCCUCGCCAGAUGUUGCGAAACUCUUGAGCAACAGAUGCAAAUCGCCGAUAGUGGAGCGAUUCCAUUGUUGAUGCGCCUUCUUGCCAGCGGUAUUUCUAAAAGUCAAGAAGCCGCUCUUGGAGCAUUGGCUGCAUUGGUCAAGGACAAUCCAGAGCUGGCACAAGUGAUUGCACAGAUGCGACCCGGCGUUAUCCCAGAACAUAACAGCGACAUUAUGCUGACUGUGCUGCCAAUACUCGUCAAGAUGCUUCAAUUGACUGGCGCUGUCCAGGAAGCUGCCCCACAAGUACUGGCACAUCUCAUCUGGGAGAGUGAAAAUAUGCAAAAGGCUGUUUGUGACAUGGAAGCUAUCCCCAAGCUAGCGUCCAUUAUCAGUCAGAUGGACGAGGAGGACAACGUCUACGGCAUUGUUGGCCAAAAGGACAAACUAAAGGAGAACUCGCUGUUGGCUCUUGCUGCAAUCAGUCAGCUGAAGGAGGACUGUAGGAAACAAGUGAUUGAGGCUAAGGUGCUUUCUCACAUCGUCUCUGCCAUGUCUCAUCCUUCGGUCGGGGUCCGUGCAGCAGCUUGCCAAUGUACAAGGAGUUUGUCCAGGAGUGUCAAGAACCUCAGGACGAGUCUUGUCGAUGCAGGCAUUGAAAACCCCUUGUUCCAGCUCCUGAGUGAUGAAGACCUUGGCGUCCUCCGGUCAGCGACAGCAACGCUUUGCAACAUUGUUCUGGAUGUGUCGCCGAUGAAGAAGACUAUCAUGGAACGAGGAAUCGUCUCCAAGUUUGUCCGCAUGAUCAGCUACGGUGAUAACGUCGUCCGACUCAACACAGUUUGGGCCAUCAAGAACUUGGUGUUUGAGGCAGAAUCGGACGUCAAGGAGAACGUCAUGCGUCAGUUUGGCUAUAACAACCUUGUGCUGCUGUUGAACGACAGCGAGCCCGCCGUUCAGGAACAGGCCCUCAACCUUGUACGGAAUCUGGCCCACAAGAGAGAACACGAUAUUGAGCAGGUCUUUAGAGGUCUUGGAAACGGGCAGUUACUCAGUAUUAUUGAGGAAAAGUUGUCCUGGGACGACCCACGGUUAUUGGAGCAUGCUUUGUAUGUGCUGGUGAACAUUGCGACGGGAAGCGAAUACCACAAGCAGAGCAUUCUCAAGCGGCAAGGGAUUCUUCGAUCUGUGCUGAGGUCGAUGAACCAUGAAUCCGCAGCCAUCCGGGUGGCCAGUAUCUGGGUCAUAAUCAAUUUGACAUGGCCGGAUGACAAGGUUUCCCAGUCAGUGCAUGAGUGUGUGACAUUGUUGAGGAGUAUGGGUGUUGAAGACCGGCUCCUGGCCUUGAACGCGGACCAUGAUCUCGACGUCCGCGAUCGAGUCAAGACGGCGCUACAGCACUUCCUGAUGGAUCAGCAGCAAUAUGGACAUAACAACAAUGGCAACGGAGCGCCGUCGGACCAGACUGGAUCUGGCAUUGGCCGGCAUGGGUAUUCCUCCUCUCGAUACCAUGAUCCUCGGCAACAGCAGCAGCAGGAGAAUAUUCCUUCAUCAUCAUCCUCGUCUGGGGAUGCGUUUGGCGGCGGUGCUGGGUCGACUAUGGAUACGACGCAUAUUGUGACAGGAGGUCCUGGUGCGGGCGGUCAUGACCGGAGAUAG